AUUUACCCAUAUGCUUAUUUCAAAUUGAAGUACUCGAACUAGAUUUUAAUGUUUUUAAAUGUUUAGUUGCUCAUCCAAUUUUUAUUGAAUAUCCAAACUUUUCAUAUUUUGUCAUUUUUUAUAGAUUUUUCAUAAAUCCCUCUAAAAUGGAAUUUAAAUUYGAUAUAAAAGAUUUAGCUGAAGGUGGAAUUAAGAAAAUUGACCAUACUUUAAUACCACUUGGCUGCGAAUAUGAUGAAAACUUACAAAGAAAAGUUUCUAUGAUCAUUGACGAAAUGGGUAAAGCAUCUGCUAGAGCACAGGAUUUAAAAAUGCCUAUAACAACAGCAGAAAAAUUAUCAAAAUCUGAUCACAUAAUAUAUUUAUUGUCAGAACAAAUAAACGAUGAGACAUUUGUAAUUAUUGGAAUUUUGAAAAUGGGAUGGAAAAAAUUAUAUCUUUUUGACAAAAAAGGUUCCCGUUCUGAAGCCAUGGUGUAUUGUUUACUUGAUUUUUAUAUUCACGAAACUAGACAACGUCAAGGAUAUGGAAAUAAGCUAGUUGAACACAUGUUGAAGGAUAACGAGUUAGAAGCAAAACAAUUAGCUAUAGAUAAACCUUCAAAAAAAAUGUUACAAUUCAUGCAAAAACAUUAUUCACUUAAAAAGUUAGUUGAUCAAGGGAAUAAUUUUGUAAUUUUUGAAGAGUUUUUUGAUACCCCAGGAUUUACACAACUAAAAGAUAAAUUUGACAGCACAAGUGGAUACAGAAGCAAACCUUCUUAUGGACGCCAUGCAGCUAAUAAACACAAUGACUCCAUGUCUGAUAUAUUACAUGGGGCUGGUAGUGCAACUCGAUUGAAUGACAAAUACGUUGCUAAUGCUGAUAUCAUCAAUAAUAAAUUCAAGGACAACAAGCCAAAUCUCGUCACAGUUCUUCCUUCAGAAAAAGAUGUAAAUGACACAAUUAAUGGGAAAAAAGGUGCUCCACCAAAACUGGAUCUCAAGUUUUAUCAUUCACAUUUGUGGUAAAAAGCUUUUAUAAAUAUCAGCUAUUAUAUCAAUAAUUGAAUUUUUAACAGUCUUAUUAAUCUUUGAAAUAAGGAGCUUUUUAAACUUUUUAUACAAUUAUUUGUUUAAUUUAAAUAUUGUGUUGAUUAUAAAUAAUUAAAAA